GCGAAGGAGCAGGUGGGUAGCCCCCACCAUAGCAGUUGCUCUUCACUCAGCAGGAGCAGCAACGCUAGUCUUAGCAGCUACCGCUAACGCCACCGCCACCGCUGCUCCCACCACCUCCGAGCCUAGCGUUCCUCUUCUCCGUUUCCUCCUCCACAGGAAAAGAAAAAAAAAAAAAAAAGAGGGAGGUCUGUCGCACUUCUUCCUAGUCCGGCAGUCCCUAGUCCCAUAGCAACGCUCGAGGGCCCGAAGUGAAGAGGUGGAGAGAAGAGCCGGAGCUGGAGCGGGGGACCCCGCUACCGUCUGUCCGACCCACGGACCAAGGCCGUCGGGUUGAUCCAGACAUGGCUACAACAAUUAGGGAAGUGGGAGUGUGGAGACAAACUCGAACUCUUUUACUCAAGAAUUAUCUAAUUAAAUGUAGGACUAAAAAAAGUAGUGUUCAGGAAAUUAUUUUUCCACUAUUUUUUUUAUUUUGGUUAAUAUUAAUAAGCAUGUUGCAUCCAAAUAAGAAGUAUGCAGAAGUACCUGAUACAGAACUUGAUCCCUUGGAUAAAUCUAUCCUGUCUGACUUCAUUAUUGCAUAUGCUCCAGUGAAUAACAUUACAAGGAACAUCAUGAAUAUAGUGUCUUCUCAUUAUCUUCCUGAUGUCCUAAUUACUGAAAAGUAUGCAGAUGAGAGAGAAUUGCAAGAAUCCAGUCUUUCUAAGCCUACCAAUUUUGUGGGUGUAGUUUUCAAAGACUUCAUGUCCUAUGAACUGCGUUUUUUUCCUGAUAUGAUCCCAGUAUCUUCUAUCUAUAUGAAUUCCAGAGCUGGUUGUUCAAAGUCAUGUGAGGCUACUCUAUACUGGCACUCAGGAUUCAUAGCUUUACAAACUUCCAUUGAUGCAGCAAUUAUACAGUUGAAGACCAAUUAUUCAGCGUGGGAAGAAUUGGAAUCAACUAAAGCAGUUGUCAUGGGAGAAACUGCUGUCAUAGAAAUAGAUAACUUUCCUCGAGGAGUCAUUUUAAUAUACCUAGUUAUAGCUUUUUCACCUUUUGGAUACUUUUUGGCAAUUCAUAUAGUGGCAGAAAAAGAGAAGAAGUUGAAAGAAUUUUUAAAGAUAAUGGGGCUUCAUGAUACUGCCUUUUGGCUUUCUUGGGUUCUACUGUAUACGAGUCUGAUUUUUAUUAUGUCCCUUCUCAUGGCAGUUAUUGCCACAGCGUCUUCAUUAUUUCCUCAGAGCAGCUGUUUUGUGAUAUUUCUUCUUUUUUUCUUAUAUGGAUUAUCUUCAGUUUUCUUUGCCUUAAUGCUUACACCCCUUUUUAAAAAAUCAAAACAUGUGGGAAUAGUGGAAUUUUUAGCUACCGUGGCAUUUGGAUUUGUGGGCCUUUUGAUUGUUCUGCUGGAAGAUUUUCCUAAGUCUUUGGUAUGGCUCUUAAGCCCCUUCUGUCAAUGUACAUUUUUAAUUGGUAUUACACAGGUCAUGUAUCUUGAAGAUUUAGAUGAAGGUGCUUUGUUUUCUAACUUGAUCAAAGGCCCAUAUCCUCUUAUCAUUGCCAUUAUAAUGCUAGCACUCAAUAGUGUAUUUUACAUCCUCUUAGCUGUUUAUCUAGAUCAAGUCAUUCCAGGUGAAUUUGGACUACGACGACCAUCUUUAUAUUUUAUAAAGCCCUCUUAUUGGUCAAAGAGUAAAAGAAAUUAUAAAGAGCUAUCUGAGGGCAAUGUUAAUGGAAAUCCUGGAUUCAGUGAGAUUAUUGAACCUGUUUCUUCAGAAUUUCUAGGAAAGGAGGCUAUCAGAAUCAGUGGUAUUCAGAAAACAUUCAGAAAGAAAAGUGAAACUGUGGAGGCAUUAAGAAAUUUAUCUUUUGACAUAUAUGAGGGUCAAAUUACAGCAUUACUUGGGCAUAGCGGAACAGGAAAAAGUACAUUAAUGAACAUUCUUUGUGGGCUUUGCCCACCUUCAGAUGGACUUGCAUCUAUCUAUGGACAUAGAGUUUCAGAAAUUGAUGAAAUGUUUGAAGCAAGAAAAAUGAUUGGAAUUUGCCCACAAUUAGAUAUAAAUUUUGAUGUAUUGACAGUGGAAGAGAAUUUGUCAAUUUUAGCUUCUAUAAAAGGGAUUCCAGCAAACAGCAUAAUUCAAGAGGUGCAGAAAGUUCUUCUAGAUUUGGAUAUGCAAGCCAUUAAAGAUAACCAAGCAAAAAAGUUAAGUGGAGGUCAGAAACGAAAGUUGUCACUAGGUAUUGCUGUUCUCGGAGAACCCAAGGUAUUACUACUUGAUGAACCAACUGCAGGAAUGGAUCCUUGCUCACGUCAUAUUGUUUGGAAUCUCUUGAAAUACAGAAAAAAUAAUCGUGUAAUAGUACUUAGUACUCAUUUUAUGGAUGAAGCUGAUAUUCUUGCUGAUAGGAAAGCUGUGAUAUCACAAGGAAUGUUGAAAUGUGUUGGUUCUUCUUUGUUUCUCAAAAGCAAAUGGGGAAUUGGCUAUCGACUAAGCAUGUACAUAGACAAGGAUUGCGUCACAGAAUCUCUUUCAUCACUGGUUAAGCAGCAUAUACCUGGAGCUAACUUAUUACAGCAGAAUGACCAACAACUUGUCUAUAGCUUGCCUUUUAAAGACAUGGACAGAUUUUCAGGCUUGUUUUCUGAUCUAGACACCCAUUCUGAUUUGGGGGUUAUUUCUUAUGGAGUUUCCAUGACAACCUUGGAAGAUGUGUUCCUAAAGCUAGAAGUUGAAGCAGAAAUUGAUCAAGCUGAUUAUAGUAUAUUUAGUCAGCAGCAUUCAGAGGAAGAAACAGAUUCAAAAUCUUUUGAUGAAAUGGAGCAAAGCCUACUUAUACUCUCUGAAACCAAAACAUCCACCGUGAGCACUAUGGCUCUUUGGAAGCAACAAGUAUAUAUGAUAACAAAACUUCAUUUCCUUACUUUGAAACGUGAAAGUAAAUCAUUGAGAUCUGUGUUGCUCCUGCUUUUAAUUUUUCUUGCUGUUCAGGUUUUCAUGUUUUUGGUUCAUCAUUACUUUAAGAAUAUUGUUGCUCCCAUCAAACUUACACCAGAUUUAUAUUUUUUGAAGCCUGGAGAGAAAGCUCAUAAAUAUAAAACAGCUCUUCUUCUUCAAAACUCAACUGACACUGAUAUUGAUGACCUCCUUAGCUUCUUCAGGAGUCAGAACAUCUUGGUGAAUUUGUUAAAUGUCAGCGACUAUGUAUCUGUUGCUCCUCAUAGUGCAGCUUUAAAUGUAAUGCAUUCGGGAAAGGACUAUGUGUUUACAACUGUUUUCAAUAGCACUAUGAUUUAUUCUCUACCAGUACUGAUGAAUGUUAUUAGCAAUUCUAUUCUUUAUCAUUUAAAUGCAACAGAAAAUAUCCAGAUCUGGAGCACUCCAUUUUUUCAAGAAAUUACUGACAUAGUUUUUAGAAUUGAGCUGUAUUUUCAAGCAGCUUUGCUUGGAAUCAUUGUGACUGCAAUGCCACCCUACUUUGCCAUGGAAAAUGCAGAAAAUCACAAGAUCAAAGCUUAUACCCAGCUGAAGAUCUCGGGUCUUUUUCCAUCUGCCUAUUGGAUUGGACAAGCUAUAAUUGAUAUUCCCUUGUUUUUUGUUGUUCUCAUUUUGAUGCUGGGAAGCUUAUUUGCAUUUCACUAUGGGAUUUAUUUUUAUGCUCUAAAGUUCCUUUCUGUGGUCUUUUGCCUUAUUGGUUAUGUACCAUCUGCUAUUCUUUUUACCUAUGUUGCAUCUUUCACCUUCAGAAAAGUUUUAAAUACUAAAGAGUUUUGGUCAUUUAUCUAUUCAGUGACAGCCUUGGUUUCCAUUGCAGUCACUGAAAUAACUUUCUUUAUGAGAUACCACACAGUGACAGCUGUCCUUCAUUAUACGCUCUGCAUAAUCAAUCCAAUCUACCCACUCUUAGGAUGCCUGAUCAGUUUUAUAAAGAUUUCAUGGAAGAAUGUUAAAAAAAAUGAAAGCACUUAUAAUCCAUGGGAUAGGCUUCUAAUAGCUGUUUUAUCGCCUUAUUUGCAGUGUGUGCUAUGGAUUUUCUUGUUGCAAUAUUUUGAGAAGAAAUAUGGAGGCAGAACAAUAAGAAAAGACCCGUUUUUCAGAACCUUUUCAACUAAAGUCAAAAAUAAAAAGUUUCUGGAAGUGCCAAGCAGUGAAGAUGAAGAUGAUGACGUUAAAGCUGAAAGACUAAAAGUUAAAGAGAUGAUGACUUGCCAAAGCUGUGAAGAGAAGCCAGCUAUUAUGGUUUGCAGUUUGCAUAAAGAAUAUGAUGAGAAGAAAGAUUUUCUCCUUACAAGAAAAAGAAAGAAAGUGGCAACUAAACAUGUGUGUUUGUGUGUGAAGAAAGGAGAGAUACUAGGAUUAUUGGGACCAAAUGGUGCAGGGAAAAGCACACUUAUUAAUAUGCUCGUUGGUGACGUUGAACCAACUUCUGGUCAGGUACUUCUAGGAGAUUAUUCCUCAGAACCGAGUGCCAAAGAUGACGAUUCCAUUAAGUAUAUAGGCUAUUGUCCUCAAACAAAUCCACUUUGGCCAGAUAUUACAUUGCAGGAGCACUUUGAAAUAUACGGGGCUAUAAAAGGAAUGCAUAAAAGUGACGUAAAAGAAGUCAUAAAAAGAAUCACAAGUGCACUUGAUUUAAGAGAACAUCUCCAGAAAACUACAAAGAAAUUACCAGCUGGGAUAAAGCGAAAGUUGUGUUUUGCCCUGAGCAUGCUUGGAACUCCCCAGAUUACAUUGUUAGAUGAACCAUCUACAGGUAUGGAUCCUAAAGCCAAGCAGCAUAUGUGGAGAGCAAUCCGAGCUGCAUUUAAAAACAAAAGGAGAGCAGCCAUCUUGACUACACAUUAUAUGGAAGAAGCAGAAGCUGUUUGUGAUCGAGUAGCUAUUUUGGUAUCUGGACAGUUAAGAUGUAUUGGCACUGUUCAGCACCUGAAGAGUAAAUUUGGCAGUGGCUACUUUUUGGAAAUUAAAUUGAAGGACUGGAUGGAAAAUCUGCAUGUGGAACAGCUUCAAAGACAAAUUCACUAUAUUUUCCCAAAUGCAAUUCGCCAGGAAAGUUUUUCUUCUAUUAUGGCUUAUAAAAUUCCUAAAGAAGAUGUAAGAUCUCUUGCACAGUCUUUUUCUGCUCUGGAAGAAGCUAAACAUACUUUUCAUAUUGAGGAAUACAGCUUUUCUCAAGCAACAUUGGAACAGGUUUUUGUAGAACUCACUAAAGAACAGGAGGAAGAAGAUAACAGUUGUGGAACUUUAAACAGCACACUUUGGUGGGAAAGAACCCAGGAAGACAGAGUUGUAUUUUGA